GACAGGAGGUCAGAGGUCAGAUAAUGAAUGGGAGGCAAGGCUGCCAGCAUGGCCGUGGCAAGAGGCUCUGCGGCUAUCUUCCAAGGUUUGAGGCAUGUGUGCAAUAAAAACAGCCCCAAAUUUCCUUCUCUUGCCUGCACUGGACUUCCUUUAAGACACCAAAAGUGCCAGUAUGCCAGUACACAGGGCUUGGAUCUGGAGGAGGAACGUCCACAAUUUCCAGGGUCCACCAAGGCAGAGUUCACCCUGAAUAUGGACUUCCACCUGCCUGAAGGGGCUCCAGGCAUUCCUGUCUAUAGAGUCAUGGAUGGGGAGGGCAGGAUACUGAAGUCUAGUGAGGACCCACAGCUGUCCAAAGACACAGUGUUGGAGAUGUACAGGAAGAUGGUGAUGCUGAGUACCAUGGAUGGGAUCCUGUACAAUGCCCAGCGCCAGGGGAGGAUCUCCUUCUACAUGACUAACUACGGGGAGGAAGGCACACACAUAGGCAGUGCUGCUGCUCUGGACCCCCAGGAUAUGGCAUUCGGACAGUACCGAGAAGCAGGUGUUUUUCUUUGGCGAGGCUACACCCUAGAUGACUUCAUGAACCAGUGCUUCAGUAAUGACCUGGACUACAACAAAGGCAGAGCUUUUCCUGUCAACUUUGGAUCUAAAGAACACAACUUUGCUACCUACUCCUCCCCACUGGCUACACAGAUGCCACAUGCUGCUGGUGCUGCCUAUGCCCUGAAGAGAGCAGGGACAGGCCUGUGUGUGGUGUGCUACUUUGGGGACGGAGCUGCUAGUGAGGGAGACGCACACGCUGCUUUCAACUUUGCUGCUACCCUGGACUGUCCGGUCAUUUUCUUCUGUCGUAACAAUGGCUAUGCCAUCUCGACACCAACUACAGAACAGUACAGGGGUGAUGGAAUAGCCUCCAGAGGCAGUGGAUAUGGCAUGGCUACCAUCCGUGUGGAUGGGAACGACACAUUCGCCGUGUACAACGUGACUAAGGCAGCUCGAGAGAUGUGUGUGACUGAGAACAGGCCUGUGCUGAUAGAGGCCAUGACAUACAGGAUUGGUGACCACAGUACGAGUGACGACAGUUCUGCGUACAGGACCCAUGACGAGGUGAACCAUUACCGUGGUAACAGCCCCAUCACCAGACUCCAGCGCUACCUGAUAAACCAGGGGUGGUGGGACACAGAACAAGAGGCUGACUAUAGGGAGGCCGCUAAACAACAGGUGAUGGAGGCUUUCCGUGUGGGAGAGGUGAGGAAGAAACCACCACUGUCUGACCUGCUGACUGAUGUGUACGACACCAUGGAACCACACCUAGUCAAACAGACUCAGCACAUGCUGCACCACAUACGGCAAAACAAGGAACAAUACCCAACCACUGACAUCUUCACGGAGGAGAAGUGAAAGGAGCUGUUAUCUUAGAUACCAAGACAUCUUACUGUUACUGAUUACUAGGCCACAGCAGGUUAAUUUUAUGGAUGACAUCCUCUGCAUACUCCAAAUCUUAUGUGUCUGAGUAUAAAAGAUGGGCUUAACUACUUAUGCGGUUGGAAGGGGGAUUGGCUCUGGAUUCACAGUGUCAUAGCUGCCACUGACAAUUUAAAUGGUGAAAUAUUAUACAUUGUAAGUGCCAACUGUUGAAUAUGAAGAGACAAAUGCUAGCUUGGAUUGUUUCUAAUAUUUCUGAGGAAUGGCAGACAAUUGAGAAGCCAAAAGCUGUUAAGAUUUACGCACUCAGGGUUGUCUUAUGUAUUUAUCAUGGUGAAAAUAAACCAUUGAGCUAAGAGUAA